AUGCGUCUAACUCUGUUGUUUCUUCUCAUCUUUUUGCCGCAAUGCCUCGGGCUAAAAGCGUUAAUCUACAACAUUGGGAUUGGAAAGAGUCAUUUUAUGUUUACUGGGGCAAUGGUGGACAGUUUAGUCGACCGAGGACAUGAGGCAGAACUGUUGUUGGCCAUUUGGAACCCGGUGGCGGCCAAUAAUGGAACUGACAAGGCAGGAAGAGUGUUUCGAGUUGAGGUGGAAGAUCCUCCACUUGUUCAUGUAAGUCGUCCAUUUUAAAGUCAAACAGUGGGCUCUCUUAGCAAGAAUCGCAUUGAACCAGGAGAUAAAUUUGUUACUAAACAUUUCUUCUUUUACAAGGGGUUGUCUUGGCCCAUAAAUUGACUUGCAAAGACCUUUGAAAUGACAGGUUUCGCUGUAUGUUCCAUGGGGUUCUUUAUAGUAUACUGCGAGCUUUUACAUGAAAUAUUUUAACCAGAAAGGGCUGUAUGUCUGUUCGUUUGGUCAAAAAACGUUCUCUUCUUUAACUUCUCUCUACAUUUGAUGUACACUCUCGUCGACAAAUAUCACCGAAUAUCUUGUCUGUCCCUGAAAAGCGUAGGCCAAAAUCUUUAUGAAUUAAUAUGUCGAGAUGCAGAGCAGCCUCGUAAAAUUUUAGGAAAGUGUAAGAUCAAAUAAAAAGUUGCAUAUGAGGUGUCUCUUACCUGUCGGUAAAUUUAUGAAGUUUGACCAAAAACUGAGAGUUCCAUUUAGACGCUUUAUGUUCAAAAAACACUCCUUGAUGUCCUGUCUGUAGGAAGAAUUAGUACAUUGAUAAGACAAAAUAGACUGAUGAUUUUAGCGCAUGAUCAUGUUUGUUGCAGCCAAAAGUGCACAAAAUGAAUUUACAAUUCAAAAUUCAUUUCAAAAUUCCUUUAAAAAUUGCACAAAAAAAAAUUUUUUUGAUGACUACAAGCUCUUAUCAAAUUGAUCGCUCAUUAAAAUUUACUAUUUUUCGUCGAUUCAAGUUCAUUCGGAUCAAUUUUAAAUUUCAUUAAAUUAUGAAAGCAACUAACGAUCGUAAGAAAUUUUUGGAAUUUAUAUAACACCGAUUCAGGUCGUAUUUUAAAACUCGUUUCAGGCCGGUUAUCUCCGUCCCUUCGAUCCUCCGAACAACAAUUUCUACGAGCUCUUCGACCAGUCGCGUCUCCUUUUCUGCGAACGUAUUUUAUCGAACUCCAAGCUGAUGGCCGACCUCCGCUCCGCCAAAUAUGACAUUGGCCUGUCGCCACCUUACGAUUCCUGCGGCAUGUCCUUGUUCCACAUGCUGGGAAUCCAAGCCACAGCCAUCUUUACGGCAACUCCGCCCACUUUCUUUGUCAUGGAAUCUCUGGGAAUUCCGGCACCGCCGAGCUUUGUGACUGGUAAGUUUUGGGUGGGGAAAAUAUUCGAUCGCAUAUUACAUAUACUAGUCGCGACAUAAAGUCCGUAGAAUUUUCUGCACUGUGCAUAAACCCGAAAAAGCAUUUUGCACUGUGCAUUCACCCGAAAACACAUUUUGCACUGUGCAAUUUUGUUGAUUUUGCCUUAUUGUCGCGCGCGAUUCCCAUUUUUCGCAGCGACAAAUCAACAUUUCGGAGCGCGACGCAAUUUGGGGGCCGCGAAAAAUUCUACGGACUUUAUGUCGCGACUAGUAAUACAUAUAUGCAAUAGGCAAAGGGAAAAUCAAUGCAAAAAAAGAGGUCGAAAAUGCAAAAAAAAGUUUGUAUUUGGCAGUAUUUUAUGCUCAUUUCUUGGCGAUAUUCCCAUCGAAAAUUGUCGAAAUUUCUUUAUUUUUUAGCGUCUAUAAUUUGCAAAUUUUAUAUUCAUCGAGCUUUAGAUAGGCUCACGACGCCUGGGGAUACAAAAAUCAUUUUUUUGCUUUUUUAACCAUCAACACUAGGCCCAUUCUCACAAAAACUUCAGUUAUAUAGUCUCUUUCGACCUGACAUUACCUUAGUUGAUCCAUCGAACCACUGAAACUCAGGCUAUCAGCCUGUCGGGAAAGUAAUGAGCACUCUGUCGCACUGAAAAUCGCAUCGCCAAAAAUGAAUGGUGCCUCAAAAAAAAAUCAAAAUACUUUUCGCUUCAGCGAUCGAUGCAGUGACAUUGUUCUUAUUAUUUUCCCGACAGAUAUCUCAAAUCUGCAAGAUUCGCAACUACAGAAAAAAUACCUCAAAAAAAUAAAAUUUUUUUUUUUUUUUUUUUUUUAUUUUCAAAAUACCCAUUUUCCUCCAAUUUUUCAGAUGGAAUCCAUCCUAUCUCGAUCUCCAAGACCUACAGUUUCAAGGAGCGUUUUCUGAACGCCCUCAACUACUACAAGACCUACUUUUUGGCACAGCGAUUAUUCCUUGAGGAGCACAAAUUGAUUCAAAAAUUUUAUCCAAAAGUCCCAACGCCCGUGGAGCUGUUCCGGAACGUCUCCUACUACUUUGUAAAUCAUAACGAAUUGCUGGACACGGGCCGGCCAAUCUCCGCAAAAGUCAAAUUCAUUGGUGGAAUUCAGCUGAAGGAUGAUCAUAGUAUUGCGAAAUUGAGCAAGGUCAGUGAUUUCAGCAAAAUCUGAGCGUCGCAAUUUGCUUACUUUCCUUGUAAAAAAUGUUUUGUUUUUUUUCAGAAAUACGACGAUCUUCUGGCCAAAGCCCCGAAAGGCGCAAUUUUAUUUUCUUUCGGAACUACGGCCAGCUCAAAAGUUGUUCCGAAGAAAGUUCGAGAAGAAUUCAUUGAGGCCUUCAAACAGUUCCCCGAUUACCUUUUCAUUUGGAAACAUGACAAUGCCGAAGACGAUCAGGACAAGUUGAAGGGGGUCAAAAACAUUGUAGCUGAAGAGUGGCUCCCGCAGAAACAGUUGUUGGGUGAGAAUUUUUAGAUUUUUUAUUUAUUUAUUUUUUUUUUAUUUAUUUAUUUAUUUUUUUUUUUAUUUUAUUUUUUAUUUUUUUUUAUCUUUUUUCUUAUUAUUUUUUUCUUUUUUUUUUCUAUUUUUUUUAUUUUUUUUUUAUUUUUUUAUUUUAUUUUAUUUUUUUUAUUUUUUAUUUUAUUUUCCGUUUAUUUUUUUAUUUUUUUCAGCCGAUCCCCGUCUAAAAGUCUUCAUCACACACGCUGGAAUGAACUCGUUCGUUGAGUUCACUCGUCAUGGAGUCCCCGCCUUAACCGUUCCUUUAUCCGUCGACCAACAUGUUAACGCGGCUUCGGCAGUUGGGCUUGGCAUUGCGUUGCAUUUGAAGAAAGAGGAAAUCUCGGCAAAGAAGAUCAAAGAAAAAUUGGAAAUUUUAUUGUCGGAUAACCGGUAAGCAAAAAUUUUUUGUAAAAUACGAAACAGCUUAAAAUGAAUCCUUGUUUUUUUAAAGUUUAAAAUACAGUUUUUCUAAAAAUUUUUGAAACCUUGGUAUAAAAAGCAAAUUUCUUUGAUUGAUGCGACUUGUUACACAAAGGUUUAACUGUAAUUACAAUUUUAAAAAUUAAAAAAAAAAAUUUUUACAAAAAAUUUCAAAGAAAUGGUAAAAAUAUUCUUUUUCAGUUACCGUCAACGCGCCAUCAAGCUUUCCCAAGCCCUGAAAGCCUCUCCAAACCGACCGCAGCAGACCUUUGUGGAGUCGGUCGAGUUCGCCGCCGCUUUCCCCGACACCUCCGAGUAUUUACAACUGCCCUCAGUGUAUCUAAACCCAUUUGUCGUCCACUCUUUCGACGUUUUUGCCGUAAUUUUUGGCGUUAUUUUUACAUUUUUGCUCUUUUUUGUCCCGAUUGUGGUUCGAGCUGUAAUGUACAGUUGUAAUCUUCCGCCAAGUCAUCUCAAGUAUAAGCAUGAGUAA